UCUUUCUUCUUUUAGCAAACAUCACCUUUCUUUUUCAUAUACAUAUCUUUCAAUUUGUUGCAAUAAUAGUUGAACUUCAAUAUGAAACCUACUUCAAAAUUGCAUGGUUUUAAUUAUGAUCAACAACAAAAGAUAAACAUCAAUGGUCCACGUCCUACUCCUUUGAUGAUUCGCAAGCCUAACUCGUCACACAAACAGCAAAGGGUUCCCAUCAUCAUAUACACUCAAUCACCAAAGAUUAUUCAUACAAAAGCACAAGAUUUCAUGGCUCUUGUUCAAAGACUUACAGGCAUGACAACUACCAAUCAAGCACUGCCACGUCAGCAAGAGGUUUCUGAGAAUUUUGAUUCAUCUUUGUCAGAUGGAUCAAACAACAAUAGUAUCAACUACAAACACCUUGAUGGUGAUCAUGAAACUACUUCAACAACUAGCUCAGUUGAUAAGGGAGGUGUGAAUAGCAAUAUUGAUUAUGAACAAAGUCCUAAUAAUAUGAUGAAAUUUGCUGAGAUGCCAUUAUUCACUCCAACUUCAUAUGAUUUCUUUAGCCCAAACAAUUCAUCUCGACCAGUUUAUAAAUUUUCUGAUUCUCCAUAUGGGAUUUUGGGAAGUUUGAUAUCUCCUUCUGCAUUGGGAUUCAUCCAAGAUCUACCUGAAUAUUAAUUCAUUUAUAUGGUUGUUAGCCUUCUUCUGUAAUUAUCUCUCACGUUUGGUUAGGAUUUUAUUUAUUUGUAGAUUUAAAAACAUAGAACACGAAUAUUAUAGUUGAAUUGUAAAGUUGU